AUGGCUUCUUCUGCCGUUCUCGGUUUCCCCCGUAUCGGUGCCAAGCGCGAGGUCAAGAAGGCGACCGAGGCCUACUGGGCCAACAAGCUCGAUGCCGCCGAGCUCCAAAAAGUGGCCAAGGAGCAGAGGCUCGCCCGCUGGCAGACGAUCAAGGAUGCCGGCGUCGACAUCAUCCCUUCGUGAGUUCCUCUCCCGAGUUCGUCCCACCCUGUUCGGCCGGUCCAUGCGUGGUGUGUCCCUCCGCGAUCCACGCACUGCGUCCUCGGUGGGCUUGGCAGCGCCGGUUUUCCCCCCUUUGCGCACCCGUCGCGCGCCACGUUUCGCCGCGAAAGACUUCGCUUGCUGACCCCACCCACGUGCCCGUGCCGGCGCCUUUUUGUACACCCCUUUCGUUUCUUUCCUUUACUUUCCCGACGUCCCGUCGUCCGCAGCGGUGACUUUACCCUCUACGACCACGUCCUUGACUUUUCCACCACCUUCAAUGUGAGCAGCCCACGCAGCCGGACUUUUGGGGCGGAGAUGACCAUUCCUGGGACCUUGUGCUUGUGGGCUGAUCUCGAGUGCAUGGAAUCCUCCCCCAAAACAGGUUAUCCCCGCCAAGUACGCCGAGGCCGACAUCUCGGCCCUCGACCGCUACUUUGCCAUGGGUCGAGGUCGCCAAGUCGGCGGCGUCGAUGUCCCCGCUGGUGAGAUGCAAAAGUGGUUCGACUCGAACUACCACUGUGAGUAACGGCCUCUCUUUUUGACUCUGCGGUGUCGGAAUGAGCGCGGUCUCUGAUCUACUCGUCGGUGCUCCCUACUCGCCCUGUGUUCAGACCUCAAGGGUGAGCUCUCGUCCAAGACCGAGUUCAAGCUCAACGACACCAAGCCCGUCGACGAAUUCGAGGAGGCCAAGGCCGCCGGCAUCACGACGCGCCCCGUCCUGCUCGGCCCCAUCACGUACUUGUUGAUCGGCAAGGUCGGCCGCGACGAGACGUCGUCCGAGUUCAAGACCCUCGAUGUCCUCGACAAGCUCGUGCCCGUCUACGGCGAGCUCCUCAAGAAGCUCGAGGCCGCCGGCGCGACCGAGGUCCAGAUCGACGAGCCUGCUCUGGCGCUCGACGCGACAGACGACCUCGAGAAGGAGUACACCUCGACCUUCGAGGCCCUCGCCAAGGCCGCCCCCGGCCUCAAGCUCACCGUCGCGACCUACUUUGGCCGCCUCGAGAAGAAGUCGAUCGCGUACGUCACCAAGUUGCCCGUUCACGCUGUCCACAUCGACCUCGACCGUGCCGCGUCGCAGCUCGACGCCGUCGUCGCCGCCGUCAAGCCGACCCAGCUCGUGCUCUCGCUCGGUCUCGUCUCGGGCCGCAACAUCUGGAAGAACGACAUCGCCGCCUCGGUCGAGACCGCCAAGAAGGUCGUCGCUGAGCUCGGGGCCGACCGCGUCGUCGUAGCGACGUCGUCGUCGCUCCUCCACACCCCCGUCACCCUGGCCAACGAGUCCAAGCUCAAGCCCGAGGUCAAGGACUGGUUCUCGUUCGCGACCGAGAAGGCCGCCGAAGUCGCGACCAUCGCCAAGGCCAUCGAGUCCCCCGAGUCCGUCAAGGAGGCGCUCGAGGCCAACGCGACCUCGAUCCGGGCCCGCCGCGACUUUGAGCAGAACUCGGACGCCGCCGUCCGCGAGCGCGUCGCCGCCGUCACCGAGGAGAUGUACAACCGCCAGUCCCCCUUCCCCGAGCGCAUCGCCGCGCAGAACAAGGUCUUCCCCCUCCCGACGUUCCCGACGACGACGAUCGGCUCGUUCCCGCAGACCAAGGAGAUCCGCGUCGCGCGCGCCAAGCUCGGCAAGGGCGAGCUUUCGGAGAAGGAGUACGACAACUUCAUCGAGAACGAGAUCAAGUCCGUCGUCGAGUUCCAGGAAAAGGUUGGCCUCGAUCUCCUCGUCCACGGCGAGCCCGAGCGCAACGACAUGGUCCAGUACUUUGGCGAGCGCCUCGCCGGUUUCGAGUUCACCGAGAACGCGUGGGUCCAAUCGUACGGCUCACGCUACGUGCGCCCCCCCAUCGUCGUCUCGGACGUCUCGCGCCCCGCGCCCAUGACCGUGCGCUGGUCGUCGUACGCGCAGUCGCUGUCCAAGCAGCCCGUCAAGGGCAUGCUCACGGGCCCCGUCACGAUCCUCAACUGGUCCUUCCCGCGUGCCGACGUCUCCAAGGAGGUGCAGUGCAAGCAACUCGCGCUCGCGCUCCGUGACGAGGUCGUCGACCUCGAGAAGGCCGGCAUCUUUGCGAUCCAGGUCGACGAACCCGCCAUCCGCGAAGGCUUGCCGCUGCGCCAAGUCGACCAGGAGGAGUACCUCACCUGGGCCGUCGACUCGUUCCGCCUUUCGACUGCCGGCGUCAAGGACUCGACGCAGACCCACUCCCACUUCUGCUACUCGGACUUUAACUCGAUCUUUGAUCACAUCAUCCGUCUCGACGCCGACGUCAUCUCGAUCGAGGCCAGCAAGUCCGAUCUCAAGUUGCUCGAGGUCUUCAAGACGUACAAGUACCCCAACGCGAUCGGUCCCGGUGUCUACGACAUCCACUCGCCGCGUGUCCCCAGCGUGCAGGAGUUGCAGGACAAGAUCGCCGGCCUCCUCAAGGCGAUCCCGCAGGUCAAGGACCUCUUCAUCAACCCCGACUGCGGCCUCAAGACCCGCGGCUGGAAGGAGACGGAGGAGUCGUUGAAGAACCUCGUCGAGGCCGCCCGCUGGGCCCGCGAAACCUACAAGGCCUAA